GUUCUGCGAGUCUCCCUUCUAAAACUACUGCUGUAAUUUAUGGAUAUUAAUUCUUACAAAUAAAUUCUGGAGGAGGGUAUAUUGCAUACGAUUUUUUGAAAAUGAUUGAUUUUCGCGAUGAUAAUGCAAAAACUACCAAUCGAAAAAUUGACAAUAAAUAUAUACCACUUACUUCUCAAGAGGGAUUAGCACCACUUAGUCCAUAUUUAAAUUUUGAUCCAUCAUACCUUCCUCCACGCGAGCCACAAUAUAUAUUUCCAGAAGGAGCUGUAAAACAACGAGGACGUUUUGAAUUAGCUUUUAGUCAAAUAGGUGCUGCUUGUAUAAUAGGAGCAGGUAUUGGUGGUACCACUGGUUUAUAUAGAGGGAUUAAAGCAACAGCUCUAGCUGGACAAACCGGUAAACUUAGAAGAACACAGUUGAUUAAUCAUGUUAUGAAAAGUGGAUCAGCUCUAGCAAAUACACUCGGAGUAAUUACAGUGAUGUAUAGUGGUUUCGGUGUUCUUUUAUCUUGGGCAAGAAGUACUGAUGAUUCCUGGAAUACAUUAACAGCAGCAACCGCGACUGGCAUGUUAUUCAAAUCUACAAGUGGUUUAAGGAAAUGUGCUUUAAGUGGCUGCAUUGGACUAGGAAUAGCAUCGUUAUAUUGCUUAUGGAAUAACAGGAAUUCAUUUUCACAGUUAAGAUAUGGUGUUAAUCCGGCAUAAGAUUAUUGAAAUGACGAUUCGGGUUUCGCAACCACUAGAAAAUUCGUAAUAAAUUCUAUCUUUGUGUCCUAUAAAUAGGAAAUCUGGUCAGAACGCCUGCAUAAAAAAGAAAUUAUUAUGAAUGAGAGAUGCAUGCAAUUUAUAAGAAAACAAAUUGUAUGAUGUA